AUUAAGGUGCAUUGAUUCAAUGAAAAGAAAUGAAGAACUUAAUGUGAAAUAUAAUUCAGAUCUUACCAAGAAACCGGGGCAAAAUUUUAAAAGACAAUGCCAGAAUAUAAGGCCAAAAUUUAGCUUCCUUCCUAGAAGUAGGAAGUAGGCACGCAUGAAAAGAGAGCCUUCCGUUCCAUAUGCGUGAGACAAAAAAGGCAAAAACGAAACCACCGACUCAUUUUCCUGUCCUUAGGUGUCUCCACACACCAUAUUUAGCCUUCAAAUUUUCAAUCACCACCCAAAAAAUCACACCCUCUCUCUCUCUCUCUCUCUCUCUCCCUCUCUCUCAAACACAUUCAGCACCUCCUUCUCCUCCUCGUCCUCCUCCUGCUGCUGCACCACAAUUGUCACAUUGUGUUUCAAUCUCUCUUGUCAUUUUUGUGUAGAUUGUGUCAUAUUAUUAGUUGUCAUUGUUGUUAAUAUAGGACUAAACUAAUGCCUGCACUAGCAGUUGAUCAACUUAACCAGUUAAGAGAAAUCUUUGCAAGAUUCGACAUGGACUCAGAUGGCAGCCUCACCAUUUUGGAGCUCGCUGCCCUCCUCCGGUCCUUAGGCCUCAAGCCCUCAGGUGACCAAAUCCAUGUCUUGCUAGCCAACAUGGACUCAAACGGAAAUGGCUCCGUGGAAUUUGAUGAAUUGGUCAGUGCUAUAUUGCCUGACAUGAAUGAAGAAAUUUUGGGAAACCAAGAGCAACUAUUGGAGGUUUUUCGGUCCUUUGAUCGUGACGGUAAUGGAUAUAUAACUGCAGCAGAGCUAGCAGGGUCCAUGGCCAAAAUGGGUCAGCCGCUAACGUAUAAGGAGCUAACAGAGAUUAUCAAAGAGGCUGAUACAGAUGGAGAUGGUGUCAUUAGCUUUAAUGAAUUUGCCACCAUAAUGGCAAAGUCAGCCUCAAGUUUUCUAGGCCUUGCUCCCUCAUGACCAGAGGUUCCUGCUACAUGCUAUAGUUUUGGCCCUGUAAACAUGUUAAUCUCUAUUGCAUUGCAUCAUCCCGCGAAGAAAAAAGAAAAUUUUCUCAUCUGCUUGACUAAUCUUAGAUUAUAGACUCUUUUUUUUCCUUUUCUUUUCUGACCACCAAACUAAUAUGCUGAGUACUUUUUUCUUUUCUCCAAUACAUUUCAUUGGAUAAUUUUGUUGCUAUUAGUUUUAUGUUUACAAAUAAUUGAACAAGAGUCCCUUGUCAAUGAACAGGGAUCCAAAUUAGCCUACAUAAUUUUUUUUAUUUUUUAUUUUUGGUGAUAGGAGGACCUAAUCCUUUCUUUUCUAGAUUUGUUUAUAGAAUUAAUCUGAAACCUGCAUUUGUUUAUAGAUUUGUUUAUGCACAAUGGCAUUCAUACAUAUCUUUUGGAUAUCUUUUCUUAAUUUUCUUUUCCUGUGAAAUUAACCAGUCCUCUUUGCUUCAAACUUCCUUGAAUUGUGGUGCUUCUAAGUUUCGCUUUCUUGGAUUUGGGACCACGAUGCCCAAAGAAGAAUGGCUUCACAGAAGAAAUACAUUGUUCUGCUGAAGAGGUUUUCUUAGUUUGU